UUAUUACCUCCAAUCAACUAACAAAGCAAGCGACCGAGAAAUGUUUUAAGAGAAACAUUUCGCUAAUAAAUUAUUUAAAAUGAAUACGGUUUGGUUAAUAAUAUCCAGUGUUGUGGUAUAUUUAUUUUAUUUAAAGUUCAUUAAACCGUCUUUUUACUGGAAGCAAAGAGGUGUGUUUCACGUAAACCCCUAUUCGAGACUAAUCCGGGUGUUCUUUUCCGAUAAAACGUUCCUGGACAUUAUCAGGAAUGCGUACGAAGAAUUCCCUUGUAAAAGGUAUUAUGGGAGUUUCCAGUUUUUGCGUCCAUCGCUGUUGGUUAGAGACCUGGAAUUGGCGAAGAAGAUAACCAUAAAAGACUUUGACCACUUCCACGAUCAUUUCACGUUGGCCAACGAUAACGAUCUCGUUCUUAGCUCCAACUUAUUCGCCCUCAAGGGGGAAAAAUGGCGAGAUAUGAGGUCGACUCUAAGUCCCGCAUUUUCCAGCAGUAAAAUGAAGCAAAUGUUCGUUUUGAUGACGGAAACGGCGGAAAGUUUCACGGACUAUUUGGUCGCCAGUAGUGAAAACAAACCGCGCGAGUACGAAACAAAAGACCUCUUUACCAAGUACACUAACGACGUGAUCGCCAGCUGUGCUUUCGGAAUAAAAUGCGAUUCGCUAAGAGAGGACAAGAACGAAUUUUAUAAAAUGGGACAGAACAUCUCCAAUACCUUCAAAAGGAUCCUGUCCCUGAAAGGAUUGCUGAAUGUUUUCUUCCCCAAACUCUGCCAGGCAUUAGGCGUGGGCGUAUUUGACGACGCGGUUACGCGUUUCUUCAAACGAAUCGUGGUAGACACGAUAUCCGUUAGGGAAAAGGGGGACGUAGUGCGACCCGAUAUGAUCCAUUUGUUGAUGGAAGCACGAAAGGGUAGGUUAAAGUAUGACGGAGCCGAUAUAGGCACAUCUGGAUUCGCAACAGUCGACGAAUCAAAUCUCAUGCAAAGCGCGAAACGCAAAAUAGAUCUUACUGAUGACGUCAUCACCGCUCAAGCGUUAAUUUUCUUCAUUGCCGGGUUUGAAACUUCGUCGACGUUAUUGAGCUUUUUAUCGUACGAACUGGCCCUUAAUCCGGCCAUUCAAAAGCAUCUCCAAGACGAAAUUGACGAAACGAUGAAACUUAACGGAGGGCAAAUCAAAUACGACGAACUGUUAAAGAUGAAGUACGUCGACCAAGUGAUUUCGGAAACGCUGAGGAAGUAUCCCCCCGCACUAGCGUUGAAUAGGAUUUGUACGAAGAUAGAAGAAAUUUACGCCCUGCUACACUGUUCCACCAGAUAUGUACGGUCUCAACGUAUGAAAAAAAAUAUCGAAGUACAGGAGCAACUCAAAAUACAUGUCACCAAACAAGUGUUCCAAACCAUGACUACGUCCAAAAUACACAUCCCUUAAAAAAAUUGGACCUGAAACUGGUUUCUUAUUAAUAUUUAUAAAACAGGUUGAGAGCAGUUUUGAAAUUUUGACAGGACGUAAAGGUUCCAAAAAUUGUAAUAACUUUUUUUUGGCCUUUUCUCUUAUAAAAUUGGAAAGUUGAAUUAUGCACACGUGCUUGAUUUCACUUAUAUACACUGUUCUCUGUUUUAUUUCCAUUUUUAAAUACAUAGUCGCGAUCCUAUUUAAUUUCAAAGUGAUUGUUUCUAACUUGAUUUUCAGCAACAUUAAUUCGCCUAAGUAACCCUUGUAGACUAUCCACUUCUGUGGUAUUCAUAGAAUUGCGCAAUAUUACCUCGCGGAUAAUAAUCUAAUGGGUUUAAGUCAGACGAGCGAGGUGGUCAAUUUACGAGCACAUCUCCGGGCGAGUAUAAUAAUAAUAAUAAAUAUCCUUUAUCAAAAUACGACAAAAAGAACUUACUACCAAUAGAGUUGAACAGUGAUGGUGUGUUACUCCACCUAACAAGAAUUAACAAGAACAAGAAUUAACAAGAAUUUAACAAGAAAAAAAUUAACAAAUAUAAAUGUCAGGCUCUAGGUGAACCAAAAUUCACAAUAUGACAAUUUUAAACCAAUCAAAGGGGAAUAAAAGUAAAAAAAAUAUAUUUUUAAAAAAAGAAAGAAAAAGAAAAAAAAUAGACACUGAAAAAAAUUAACAAAUUAAACGGUUCAGCCUGUCCUUAAUUUUAAUCUACUCUUUUAAUUUAUUUUUAAAUGUAGAAGCAGAUGAACAAGUAAUAAUAUCCAGUGCGUUAAAUGUUAAAACAGCUCUGGAAACGCAGUCGUACUAUGCUUGAGAACAUAGAACUGGUUACGGCGGCAAGCCGUCCUGUUAUGUAUAUCACUAACCCUGACCAGUCUGUCAAAGAGAUACCGGGGCUUUUCGUACCUUGUACUUUUAUACAUUAACGUAGACAGAUGCACAAAAUACCUUUCAGACAGAUUUAAGCACUGGGAAUCCUUGAGUUGCUUAGUUAUAUGCUGUAUUUUUGUAAGCUGUAAUUGGUAUUUCCGUCUUAGAGCCGGCUAGUAUACAAUGUUAUACAAUGUGAGAGUCACAC